AUGGUCGACAUCCGCUCAGCCCUUCCAUCUACGUGCGAAGUACUCCUUGCCAAUCCCGAAUCAAAAGUUGAGGAUCUCUUCCCAAAUCGCUGGUCCCACAUCCUCAUCUCCAAGCCUUACGCGAUCGUCACACCCUCCACCGUCUCCGACAUUAUCGCUACAAUACAAUAUGCCACCUCCCAAAACCUCAAACUCAUCCCUUCAGGUGGAGCACGAGGAGCUUUCGUCCCCAUCACCCACGAUGUUAUCUGUCUUGACCUGCGUAACUUUUCAUCACUUCAUCUGGAUGAGGAACGGAAUGAGGCGACCAUCGGGGGCGGCUGCAUCUCCGGCCCCUUGCUGAAGGGCCUAGCAGAGAAGGGGUCUUACACCGCGGUGCCAAACUCGAAUGGUGUAGGAAUGACGGGUGCAUUACUGGGCGGGUUAAACCAUCCGCUGGGCGGUGUACAUGGGAUGGGCAUUGAUACGGUGAAGUCUUUCACCAUUGUCCCAUUCAGUAUGCCCGAUGGCGGAGCAGUAAAGCCGGUUACCGUGAAUAGGGAGUCUGUGGGUGAAGAAGAGAAGUUAUGGGACGUUCUAAGAGGCGCCGGACAUGGGAUGGGCGUUGUGGUCAGUGUGACAAUGGAGGUGUUUCCACUUGUGACGUUGGAUCUGGACGAAGGGGAUAAGGUCUGGCAGCGCACGUUGGUGUUCGCUCCCAAUGCUUUGGAGACGGCAAUUGAGGCGUAUCUGACGUUGCAAUCCAAUGUCCCGCCGGAGAUGAACUUCUUCCUAGGAUUCAUGCGGGCUCCGCCAACUGCGCCUCGGCCGGGAGCUCCAGUAGUAUUGCUCUCGAUCUCGUUUUUCGGGCCGUCUGAGAAGGCGGAGAAAGCGGCUGCUGUUACGUUCUCCGAAGAGGUCCUGGCGAAGACAGUGAAUGCCACCACGACAUUAACGCCCUUUGCUGAUAUCCACAAUGCUCUCGAUCCCUUCAACAAGCCGGGGGGCUACAAGGAAUUGCACGGGGCCUUCGUGAAAUCCGUCACUGGAUCCAGCCUGGCUCGCGCCUUUGGCUCCUUUUUGUCUUUCACCAAUGACAACCCCUCCCGCUUCGGUUCCUCCGUUAUCUUUCCGGCAUCAAAUAUCGCCAAAUCUGAAUCUCUGGCCGCAAAAGGAGACUUCUAUAACCUCCGUGACCGAGGGAUAUACGUGCAAGUCAAAACUUCGUAUGCCAUGGCCGACGAUAAGAUUGAAGCCGAUGCGUUUGCAAAAGUAGUGCACGGCAUAGCCCGGGAAGGGGAUAGGGAGUUUGGAAGAAAGGACUGGGCAUUUGCAAACAACAUGGUUGAGGGUAUGUCGCUGGACGACGUAUACACGCCCGACCAGAUCCGCGAAAUCCACCGGGUGAACCAUAUCUGGAACAAAGGGAAUGUGGGGUGGUGUCCGACGACGGAGGAGUGGCGGUGGUACACGAUAAGUCGAGAGAAGGGUGCGAAGCCGGGGACGAUCUUGCAGGAGGUGGUAACAGGGCAGAGCUUGUUGUGA